AUGUCCUCCCGCCUCCUCCAUCCCGACGAGUAUGAACUCGCAUCGCGUUCAUCACUCGACUCCGAAGGCACCUUCAACCUCGAUGACGACGACUUCGAAUCCCAAGUGCCACCACGAUCACGAUAUGGCCACGAACGAUGGCCUUGGCUGCGCCGGAUCGUUGGGUCAACCUUUGGCAGAUACAGACGCCUGAAACCUAACCGGCCCCUGUUCGCAAGUACCGCCCGCCCUACUUGCUUCCGCCGCUUGUUCUUUCGCCGAUGCUGCUACUAUCUUCAUGUUACGUUCGGCAUUAUUCUUGCCCUGGUCCUCUUGACAUCUGUUUUCCUACCGUCCUAUACUAGUCCGCCUGCACGUUAUUCCACUCUUCGAGGCGCUGCUCGGGCGACGAAUGCGGCCGGCCGUGGCAACCCGCGCAACGAGAAGGUCUUUAUCGCGGCGAGUAUAUACGACCGAGGUGGCGAGCUAGCAAGUGGAAAAUGGGGCACACAAUUGCUGCACUUGAUUGAUAUGCUGGGCGAGAAGAACGUCUUUGUGAGCAUUUACGAGAAUGACAGUGGAGAAGAAGGCGAACGCGCGCUGCGCGAGCUAGAAAGACUAAUCGGAAGCCCGAAAGCCAUCGUUUUCGAGGAGCACAUGGAUCUUGGAACACUGCCGACGGUGACCAUACCCGGCGGCGAGAAGCGCAUCAAGCGCAUCGAGUAUCUCGCCAGAGCCCGCAACAACGCUCUCAAGCCCCUCGAGGCUGACCCGAAGACUCGUUAUGAUAAACUGCUGUAUUUGAAUGACGUUCUUUUUGACCCCAUCGAUGCACUGCAACUUCUAUUCUCCACGAACGCAAAUGAGGACGGCGUUGCUCAAUACCGUGCCGCUUGUGCCGUUGACUUUGACAACCCUUUCAAAUUCUACGAUACAUAUGCCACGCGGGAUCUCCAAGGUUACAGCAUGGGUCUCCCCUUUUACCCGUGGUUCACUACCUCUGGGAAAGGCGAUAGCAGGAAAGACGUUCAGCAAGGGAAGGAUGCUGUGCGAGUUCGCAGCUGCUGGGGCGGCAUGGUGGCCUUCGAUGCCAAGUACUUCCAGGACCCCGCCCCAGCCAGUACCAGCCCGGCCCGAUUCAGAUCUGGUCAGGAUCUGUUCUGGGAGGCGUCGGAGUGCUGCUUGAUCCAUGCAGACAUUCAAGAUCCACAGACGAAGGUUGAUGAGAUCACUGACACAGGUAUCUACAUGAACCCGUACGUCCGUACUGCGUAUGACUCAAGAACACUAUCCUGGCUCGGAGUGACGAGGCGCUUUGAGAAGCUCUACUCAUUUAUUCAUAACCUUGGAAACCAUCUCGUUGGACUGCCGUGGUAUAACCCCCGACGCGAGGAAGUCCCCGCCAGAGUGUACAGGAGACGGUGUGGGUUCCCAAUGAGACCCAAGACGGUGGCGGUUCUUUCCAAAAUGUGGACAGGACCGCCGGAAAUGACGGGUUCUGUGGCCGUCGUGGGUUACAAGUCAUUGUGGAACACCGCAAGCCUGGCCAGAAGGGCUUUGAGAGUAUUCCUGUCCCGUCGUUGUGAUUGA